AUGUCUCAUGAGGUAGUUGAUUUAAGUCCAGGGCAACUGCAUAAGCUAGCCGAUUUGAUCCAUCGACAAGAAGUGGAGAAGCUUCAAGAGCUCCAUUUCAAGUCAUAUGCAGACCAACAAAAGUAUCUCCAUUGUGCCAAAGAUGCCCGUGAUAAGGUGUACCACAUCCUUGAGAGUACACAGGAAAUGAUAACGCAGACUGAGGCCGAGCAGGACGCCACCAAGCAAGAUAUUGCUAAGGAUGUCUAUGAAUACUGCACCAAAGGCAUCGAAACAUCCCUAGAAUUCAUUCGUAGUUACAACACCCAUCUCAACUACCUUGACAAGCUCAAGAGCCACAGUGAUGAUCUCAUCAAGCAGCUAAAGUGGCUCAAUCCAGCCACCCAAGAGAAGAAAGCUCAACGCCUUGCUCUUGAGGCUGGCGUGUAUAAGAAAGCAGCACUUGAGUUUGCCAAAAAGUUUCAGCAUUUUAUCCCAAAUCAAUUCUCAAGAUGGCUCAAGGAAAACAAAAUCAAGUUUGAGGAUCUUGUGCAGAAAAAUAUGGCAAAGCUUGAUUUUCAGGGGCCUUUUAAAAACUUGGAUGAUAUCCAAAAGCUACAGGUAUAUGAAAAUAUUAUUGAGGAAGCAGGACAAGGAAAAUCCGUGGUGACUUACUCAGUUGAAGCUUUGGGAACAGUCGGGGUUGCAUUUUUUGUUUUUACAGCAGCUGCAAUGGUAUGGGACAUAUACACAGCGGAGGAUAAGAUGCAGGCAGCAGUUAGGGAUUCAGUGAAUGCGUUAACUGAAGUAGUUAGCCUUGAGGUCGGUGAGGUAGUUGAUGCUGCUAUAGAAGCUGGAUUCGCAGCGCUUGACAUUGAAAUCGCUUCUGCAGCUGUCACGGUAAUUGGACCAGUCGCCGGAUUUGGAAUUGGUGCGCUCAUUGGGAUGGCUACAAGUGCGCUGCUUGACUUGAUUUUCAGCUCUGGAACUAGCAAGGUGAAGAUCACAGACGGGCUUACCGCUUGCCGUGUGGCUCCCAUGCCCGAUGGUCUCCAACUCGCUCGUCUAGUUAAGCAUAAUUACCCCGACCACUAA